AUGAGGAGGCGCCGGGGAGGAGGAACCGAGGGCGGACAAUAUGCUGCGAGCUUAAUGAUACGUAAAGGUUGGGCCGGACCCCCCGGGGGAGCAAUUUCUGGACGAUUGCUCGCUGAAUGCGAUCGCUUGGCCGGUGCAAAGGCGGGCCACUUAAGGGACAUGGUUUACAACGGCAAGAUUAUGGGAAUUGAAUUGGUAAGUGAAUUUUGCACACCGUCGGCCAAGAAAAAUCAGAUGGCCAUUUUUGCAGGCACUGCGGCCGGUGCGGGGAAAGAAGCGAAAGAAGGGGAAAAGGGAAGGGGUACUGUAAUUCUUGAAAAUAUUAUGUGAUUUGUCGGGGAUAUUUUCACCGGGGCACGGCGCUCUACAUGUCCUAACUGUACCGGCACCAGAACUAUUUUGGGGAAUUUUAAUUUGGAAGAAACUGAUCGCUUUUUUCUUGGCGGGUUAAUUAAUCAAUACUUUCUAAAUUCAGGCCCCGGAGGACCCCCGAGGUUCUGAUGUGGGAGGAGGCGGCUUCAGCCUCCCCCUCAGUGCCCUCGAUGAGAUCUUCCGGGAUCUCGAGGUCUCCCCCAGCCUGGAGGUGGUUGGGGGAAAUCUUGAGGGGUCAGGGCCUGGGGUGGCGGUGGAGUCCCCAAGAACGACCUGGCCCUCCUGGUGA